AUGUUGGUUCCUCAGGCAUCCACCAAAGACCAGGCAGCCGACGUCACGCGUGUGGGGAAAGCUGCCCAUCACGCCCUCACUGGGGGCCAGCGCCAACACACCACAGGGCCUGCUUCCUCGCCAGGAGCGAUGGAGAGCUUCGACGACGUGACCCUGGUGGGCCCAGUUUCCGACCCCUCGAUCCUCGACGAGCACCUGGCACCGGCGAACAAUGACGCUAAGACAAGCAAAUCCGCCGAUGGGGAAUCGGUGAAUUCGGGCCCUCCCACUUCCAACCGCUCGAUGAAUGCCGGACGCACUGAAAUUGAGCCAACUACCAAUGAACUGGCUGCGCCCUCGAUCUCGUCGGACUUCCCUCUGGAGGAAGAGGACGAAGAGCCUCGGGUAGCCACUUCUUUCGAGCGAGAGUCGAGCCCAACUUUCGCGCAGAAACACCGAUCUGGCCUGGAUCCAGAGGAUGAAGGUAUCAACCGCAUGCAUAAAUACACACUCUACGAGACUGCAACUCGGUUUUACAUGGUCGGCAUCAACCUUGCGGAGACGCGCUUCCGGAUUCUUAAAAUCGAUCGCACUUCCGAGUCGGGCGAGUUGAGCAUAACCGAAGAUGGCAUGGUGUACACAAAAAGAGAGAUGGUCCAGCUUCUGGAUGCGAUAGACGAUGGGAACAGAAGCUCGGGUGGCUUGAAUCAGAAAUGCAGCGCGUGGGCACUGCUUGGCUUUAUCCGCUUUACGGGUGCAUAUUAUAUGCUCCUGGUCACCAAGAGAAGCCAGGUGGCUGUGUUAGGUGGCCACAAUGUCUACCAAAUCGAUGAAACAGAACUCAUUUCCUUGACAACAUCUGAAUCAUCGCGGCUGAAAACCGAAAAGCCAUCGGAAGAGGAGAGAUAUAAAGCGAUACUCAACAAUCUCGAUCUGACCCGGUCUUUCUACUUCAGCUACUCCUACGAUAUCACACGGUCUCUUCAGCACAAUAUCUGCCGCGAACGGAAAGCUCAUCAAGAUGGUCUUCCUCGAUCCAUUUCACGAGACUACAACACAAUGUUUAUUUGGAAUCAUCACCUCCUUGUGCCAGCGGUGAAUACUCUAAAGAAUCCCUACGACUGGUGUCUUCCUAUUAUUCAUGGCUAUGUGGACCAGUCCAAGAUGAGUGUAUACGGAAGAGUUGUCUACAUAUCGAUCAUCGCCCGUCGGUCCCGGUUCUUUGCGGGAGCGCGCUUCCUCAAACGCGGCGCCAAUGAUUUGGGUUAUGUGGCGAACGACGUUGAAACAGAGCAGAUCGUCUCUGAGCAGACUACCACCUCCUUCCACUCUGCUGGUCCUGAGUUACAUGCGAAUCCCAAUUAUACCUCAUACAUCCAGCACCGCGGGAGCAUUCCUCUGUACUGGACUCAAGAAAACACGGGAGUAUCACCCAAACCGGCCAUCGAGUUGAAUCUGAUCGAUCCAUUUUACUCAGCUGCCGCGUUGCAUUUUGACAAUUUGUUCGAAAGAUAUGGGGCUCCAAUCUACAUCUUGAAUCUGGUCAAGUCUCGAGAGCGCACACCCAGAGAAUCGAAACUCCUCAAAGAGUUCACCAACGCGGUUACCUACUUGAACCAGUUCCUACCUGCUGACAAGAAGAUGAUCUAUAAGGCAUGGGAUAUGAGCCGCGCAGCCAAGAGUCGGGAUCAAGACGUGAUCCAAACCUUGGAGGAUAUUGCCGGUGACAUCAUACCGAAAACUGGCUUCUUCAAAAAUGCACAUGACAUUGAAUCUGGCUUUCGACUCCAAAAUGGUGUUGCACGGACGAAUUGCAUUGACUGUCUUGACCGAACCAAUGCAGCGCAGUUUGUCAUCGGCAAAAGAGCUCUUGGCUACCAGCUGCAUGCCCUUGGGGUCAUUGAUGAAACAACGGUAGAGUACGAUACCGACGCCGUCAACCUGUUUACCAACAUGUGGCACGACCAUGGAGACACGAUUGCAAUUCAGUACGGAGGAUCUCACCUGGUGAAUACCAUGGCUACAUACCGUAAGAUCAAUCAGUGGAGUAGUCACUCGCGCGAUAUGGUCGAGAGCUUCAAACGAUACUACAAUAAUUCCUUCCUUGAUGCCCAGCGUCAGGAAGCCUACAACCUCUUCCUUGGCAACUACAUCUUCAGCCAAGGUGCUCCGAUGCUUUGGGACCUUUCCACUGAUUACUACCUGCACCAUGCCGAUCCUAGGUCCUACCUAGAGAUGAAGCGCCCAAGUUACAUCUCUUGGUACACGCCCGAACACCUCGAUGAAAGAGAAGUUCCUUCUCUUCCAAUUCGUCCGAAGGAGCCCCUCCCACAUUUUGACGAUUACUGGCUGGAGUACUACCGCCCCUUGGCUCUCUCCACGAUGUCUAAAAUCUUCACCUACAAAAUGAACUCCACCCUUCGUUACCUCCUCCCAUUCCGCUCUGGCCAGACUGCUCCCGAUCUGAGUCCAUUCGUACCUCGCAUCUCACCAGAGCAAGCUCAUCGUGAUCGUCCGCCGCAGCGGAGUGUGAAGAUCCAAGAGCCAAGUGACGUUCCUUCCCGAUACUCGACCACCACACCACCAGUGCCGGACAUCCCCGAGGCCUGGAAGCAUCAACCUCCAUCAUCAUCCAAGCAAGCACCUUCGGUAGGGAUCAUCAAAGAGCCCACAUUUGAAAUUACCCAAGAUUCUCGAUUUUCUUCAACCAAUACCCCAAGUUCAUCAACGAUUCCCAGCAAAGCUCAAAUCGCCCAGUGGACCCUGGGGCAACUGGUCACCGACGCUUUGAACCCAUCGGUCACUUUCGCCGAAGCGGAAGAAUACGAGCGAUACAUCAAUCACCCGCUUAAAGUUCCGUUGGUCGUCACGUCUGAAGACGGGAUGACGGCUGCCUCUCUGCGAGAGCACGGUCCUAACUCCGAUUUACUAGAGUACGCAAAUAAGUGCAACAUCGAAGAAGCUGCCCUCGAAGCCAAUGCCGAGGAGAACAUGGCUGAUUACGCUGAGUUCUUGAAUGUCUCGGAGGAAGGACUGACUGUCGUCGGCGAGGACUACCAAAAGAAGCGGUACAAGCGUUAUCGACAGUGGCUGCGGGGGAAGAGCCUCUUCAAGCAACGCGUUGAUGUGUGA